AUGAAUUUUAUGUUCUUGUGGCACGAAAAAUAUCUCGAUGCGCUCACUCAUGAGAUAUUGUUCUUGCCACUCGAGCAUGAAAGUCAUAUCUUCUCGCCACCGUUUAAUAUCCUCUAUAUAUAUCACAGAUUAAGGACAAGUGCCAGAGCAAACGACGGAAAGUGGCAUCAUAUUUGCUUGGCGUGGAAAUCUAUAGAUGGAAAAGUGUACUUCUACUUUGACAAAGGACAGCUUUUAGAUGAAGGAUUUUUUGCAGGAGAUAGAAUUCCCGGCAAAGGUGAGUUUGUGGUUGGUUUAACAAACGAUCAGGCAAAAUUACUGUCAAAAGCUGGCGAAUUCAUCGGUAUUAUCAGCCAUGUUAAUAUAUUCGACGAAUUCUUCGAUCAACACGUUAUCACCUGGAUGUCGCACGGCUGUGGUGAGGAUCCGAUGAAUCCAAUUUUUCGUUGGUCCCAGUUUAAGAAUGGUCUCACUGGAGAUGUCGAGAUUCAAAGAACUACGACGUGUAGAGACAGUGAAGGUCUCCGCAUCAUUGUGUCAGCUAACCGAACAUCUUUAUCUCGACAAGUGUCUGUGUUUGAAAGUCCAUUUUAUAAGCGAUCACAUGAUGCACACUACGUCUGUGUGCUAUUUAGGUUUCUUUUGAGGCGGAUUUGGGCAAUUAUCCUGGCUUUGUUGGUGUCAGGGGCUUACAAGUACAGCCUGGAUACUGUCAUCCAGUCCCGCUCAGGGCAACACCAGCCACCACUGAUGGUGGCAUGAGGUAACGUGCCAACCACCUACUUCGAUCUCAAAUUUACUGCCACAAAGAAAGACAGUUUUCAUUGGAGAAAGAGAAUACAAAUCUCAGAAAUUCCUAGGAAGCUUCGGGAAAAUUUCUUAAGGACUUUACCGGGUGGAAUUUUCCGUAAUGCGUCAAACCUUCAGAUUUUGGACUGUAGUUUAAACUUGAUAGAGGACAUAUCAUCAACUAGUCUGGCUUCACUGGUGUCAUUGACAAUAUUAAGCUUCAGAGGAAAUCGGAUAAAAGUUAUUGAUAAGGAUGCUUUUAACAACACUCGGAAGCUACAAUACUUGUAUCUUCAAAAUAAUUUGUUGGAGGAGUUACCUGAUAAUUCCUUCUUGGCCUUAUCACGACUUAAAGUACUGUCUCUAAGUCACAACAAGAUAAAAAGAUUGACUUCCAAGACAUUUGCUGGGCUUUCCACUCUGGAGAAAUUAGAUUUGCAGAACAAUUCCAUCAGUUUGAGAGACUUUGCACCCGACAGUUUUAAUGAACUGAGUAGUCUAAAGGAAAUCCUCCUUGACGAGUUCAUCCUUUGUUGUUAUGCCCAAAAAGCAGCCCCUGGUGUCCGAUGCAUUUCUCCGUCAGAUGAAUUUUCAAGCUGUUCUGAUCUGAUGAAAAACAAAGCUGUCCAAGUGUGUAUUUGGAUUCUGGGGCUGUCUGCUCUACUUGGAAAUCUCUUCGUAAUAUUGAUGCGAUCAAUCGUAAAGGAAAAUAACAAAAUACAUUCAUUUCUUUUAACGAACCUUGCGAUCUCAGAUCUUCUAAUGGGCAUCUAUCUGCUUAUCAUUGCUGUGAAAGACGCACAAUGGCAAGGCGAGUACUUUAAACAUGACAUCAAGUGGAGGUCAGGAAUAACGUGUGCAUUGACUGGAGUGCUGUCUAUGGUAUCAAGUGAAGUGUCAGUACUCAUGUUAACACUCAUCACCACUGAUAGACUAUUCUGUAUUGUUUUUCCCUUCAAAAUGAGACGAAUGAAUCGUGCGAUUGCUUACCUUAUUGUCGUGGUCAUAUGGAUUUUCGGAACGCUGUUAUCGGUUAUUCCAAUGUUAGGGUUGGAUUAUUUCUAUGACGGUGAGCGUACCGUAGGAUUUUAUGGAAAGUCUGCCGUAUGUCUUCCUCUGCAACUUUCGUCAGAUCGUCAAGCUGGGUGGGAAUAUGCUGUGGGGAUCUUUAUUGCGUUGAAUUUUGCGUCCUUUGUUUAUAUCCUCACUGCAUAUGUAGUCAUGUUCCUCACUGUCAGAGGAAUCGCCAAGAAUAUCAGGUCAACGAACAUGAACAGAGAAUCGCAAAUGGCGAGAAGAAUGAUGUUUAUCAUUCUGACUGAUUUCCUUUGUUGGAUGCCUGUCAUUGUAAUCGGAAAGUUGUCACUAAUCGGGAAAUUUCAUGAUCCUGGAAGGCAAGCUUACGUGUGGAUUGCCGUGUUCGUCCUCCCCGUAAACUCGUCCAUAAAUCCUAUACUGUACACAUUUUCCACUCCCUUGAUGAAGAGAAAAAUGACCGAACAGAAGGAAAGGUUGAGGAGAUAUUUUCAAAAAAGUUCACUUCAGUUACAUGGAUCUCAAGGGUUACGAGACACCUCCACGCGUGUACUAGAAGAGAUACCAGAGUGCGGCGGACCUGAAAAUGAUUUGAAGCUGAUUGAAACCCCAAGUCUCUUCUCAGAUGAGAUUUCACCUUCCGUGGGUUUUGUUGUGGCCUCGUCAGAAAAGAAAAAAGACGUUUCUUUGCGGCUGAUAAAACAUUUCUCCAAAGCCAAGGAGAGGGCUUGGAAAAACGAGACAGAAAUGGUCAAGGAACUCAAUGGUGAUGGGACGGGGCAUCCUAACAUCAUCAAAUAUUGCUGGAAUGCUCGAACUGAAGAGUGCGAGCUAAGUUACGAGCACGGGAAAUUUUCUCGAUUAAAGAAAAGCUCUUGUUUGCUGUGCUACGACUUUACGUCGAGUAAGACGUUGGCUGAGUUUUUGAAAGACGACCGAAUAACUCUAAACUUGGACCAAGUCUUAGUUAUCGCCAUUGAUUUGAUUUGUGCCAUCGAAUACAUGGAACAGAAGGGUGUUGUUCAUAACAACAUAACAACUUCCCACGUGCUGUUAGGAAGAGGACUAAGGAUUCCACCGAUAACAGCUGUUCUUGGAGGAUUUGGUUCGGCCCAGUUGAUAUCUCGAGAAUUUCCUGAAUCCGCAAAAAGUGAGCGUGAAAUGAAAGACGUCUUAGGGAAAAACAUCCGUCAAUUUGGUUUCUUGUUGACUAAGCUGAUAAAGAGCUGUUACGAGGACGAACAGCUGGCAGAGAUUCGAGAAGUGAUACAAGUGUGUUUUGAGCAAGACCCGGCUGUUCGGCCAAAAGCUUCACAACUUCGAGGUCGUCUUGAAGAGCUGUGGUGCCGCAAUGGGAUCUGGGAUACACAUUUGUAGCUAUUUACAAGCAUCGGUUGUAAACUAUUUUUAACUUCGUCCUACAAAGAGGCAUAUGGACUCUAAGACCUACACACACCUAAGAUGCACUGAGCAGUCCUUGGCUUACCAAAAUGAUCCCUCGUAAUUGAGAAAUACUCAGAAACUUUCAGUUCUCAUUUAUCGUUUCAUCUGAUCAUAAUUUGUUUUCAAUUGUCGUGUAUGCUAUUAAUUUUUUAGUAAAAUAUUUUAUUUGCUGAA